GACGGUCUCGGGCUCCGCGGCUGACACCUCGCAGCUCCGCAGUGACGUAGCCGCGCUGCUUAGCAGUGACGCAGCAGCCCGCGCCACCCUUCACGCCGCAGCUACUGCCAGCCGUUUCGGCGCUCCGGAGUCGAAGAUGGCAGAACAAGUUUCUCAGGGAAAGUCGGAGGAUCAGGUGUGCACCUUCCUCUUCAAAAAGCCCGGGCGGAAAGGAAGUGCUGGCCGUCGGAAGCGGCCGGCGUGCGACCCGGAGUCUGGGGAAAGCGGAAGCAGUAGCGACGAAGGAUGCUCGGUUGUGCGACCGGAGAAGAAGCGGGCGGCCCACAAUCCGAUGAUCCAGAAGACGAGUGGCAGCGGUAAACAGAAAGGGGCCUACUGUGAUCUGAGCAGCGAAGAGGAGGAGAAGGCGGGGAAUGAGAGUCUAGGCGUCGUCUACAAGUCCACGCGCUCGGCGAAACCGGUGGGGCCCGAGGAUAUGGGGGCCACAGCAGUUUACGAGUUGGACACUGAGAAAGAACGAGACGCACAGGCCAUUUUUGAGCGCAGUCAGAAAAUCCAGGAGGAGCUGAGAGGCAAGGAGGAUGACAAAAUCUAUCGUGGAAUUAAUAAUUACCAGAAAUACAUGAAGCCCAAGGAUACAUCCAUGGGCAAUGCCUCCUCUGGCAUGGUAAGAAAGGGCCCCAUCCGAGCCCCUGAACAUCUACGCGCUACUGUGCGCUGGGAUUACCAGCCUGAUAUUUGUAAGGACUACAAGGAGACUGGCUUCUGUGGCUUUGGAGACAGCUGCAAAUUCCUCCAUGACCGUUCAGAUUACAAGCACGGAUGGCAGAUAGAACGUGAACUCGAUGAGGGCCGCUACGGUGUGUAUGAAGACGAAAACUAUGAAGUAGAAAGUGAUGAUGAGGAGAUACCAUUCAAAUGUUUCAUCUGUCGCCAAACCUUCCAGAAUCCGGUUGUCACCAAGUGUAAACAUUAUUUCUGUGAGACCUGUGCACUGCAGCAUUUCCGAACCACUCCACGAUGCUAUGUUUGUGAGCAACAGACCCAUGGGGUUUUCAAUCCUGCGAAAGAACUGAUUGCUAAACUGGAGAAGUAUCGAAAAGCAGAGGGUGGUGCUUCCAGCACCCCAGAAGACGCCGAUGGGAUCUAAUUGCCAUUACUUAGAUGUCCCAUAAUUGUCAAAUCUCAAAGUACUUUUUGUUUUGGUCAUCUCAAACCAAAGCAAUCACAGUUGAAGAAAUACUAAGUUUUCUAGGAAGAAUAUCCAAGUUUUGUUUUAUAUGACAUGCUGGAGAUGGAAUCAAUACAGUUAACUUAAAGAACUCUCCUGUUUAUAGCUAUAUUUUCUGAAUCUAAAUAAAGAACUAGCUCAUACUCUA